UUUCCACUUCCACCGCCCUCAAACAAAAUAAAAAGACUCCUAACACCCAACGGACUUCUCAUUUUUCAGUUUUCAAUUCUCUCUCUCUCUCUGAGUCUGAAUUUGGAUCGAAGAAGAAGAAAGAUCUCUCUCUGCGUGGAAGAGCAACAAUCGGCUGACGUCUCCAUCUUCCUUGAUCGCUUGGAGUUCUCGCUCCAACUCAAACGCAAACGGAAACCCUAGAAUUCAAUCGAAGCCGAACAAGAAUUUCUGAUCUCCAAGUUGUCACAGCGAAAGAGGGAUUUCUUUUGUUUGUUUGUCAAUUAGGGUUUCCUUUGCUUGAGAGACCCAAAGCCCUUUCCUUGAGAGAUCCAAAGCCCCAAAGGUGCUUGUAAAUUGCUUACUAUUACUAUUAAUCAGACCCCGAUUUUGUAUUUCUUGAAGCAUACCCACUUUUAGGGUUUUCAUUAUACCUCUAUAUCUCUUUGUAAUUUUUCUAUCAAUUUGACUACUGAUAAUAGUUGUACCCUUUUUAUAUGUAUCUGGGUUUUUAAUUUUUUCUGUAAUUCUUGAAUAUACGCCAAGCGAAUUGUAUUACAUUGUUGUGGCCACAGGCUUUUUUCAUGAAAUUAAUGAAUAUUGAAUGAAUUUUUCUGCUGAUUGUUAAAUUUUUUUCGAUAUUCAGUAUUUUUUUUCUCUUCUUAUUUCUUGUUUGGGUAAAUUUUAGUGAUUAUAAUAUUGUAAAGAGAGACAUUCACAAUGGCAAUGCCCAAAUUGAAUCAACUGCCACCGCUGCCGCCUAGGAUUGGAAUGUGGGAACCGAUUUCGACUGCUCAGCCUGCUGAAUUGGAUAUGAGUAGGACCUGCGAAUUACAGAAGUUUAUGGAGGAUGCAGGGUUAUACGAGAGUGGUGAAGAAUCUCUGAAAAGGCAGGAGGUGCUGGGAAGGUUGGACCAAAUUGUGAAAGCAUGGGUCAAAAAGGUUACUGAGGCUAAGGGGUAUAAUGAGGAGAUGGUGGAAGAAGCCAAUGCUGUUAUCUUUACAUUUGGGUCUUAUCGGUUGGGUGUGAACGGCCCUGGUGCAGAUAUUGACACGCUGUGUGUUGGGCCGAGGCAUGUUACUCGGGAGGAAGAUUUCUUUGGUGAGCUUCAGAGGAUGCUGGCUGAGUUGCCUGAAGUACAAGAGUUGCAUCCUGUCCCUGAUGCUUAUGUUCCUGUCAUGAAGUUUAAGUUCGAUGGGGUUUCCAUUGAUCUUCUUUAUGCAAAGUUGGGGUUGUGGGUUAUUCCUGAUGAUUUGGAUCUUUCUGUGCCAACUUUGCUGCAAGAUUUGGAUGAGAAGAGUGUGCUUAGUCUUAAUGGGUCUAGAGUUACUGAUAAGAUCUUGCAUAUGGUUCCUAAUGUCCAGAAUUUUCAGAUGACAUUAAGAUGCAUAAGAUAUUGGGCUAAACAGCGUGGCGUUUAUUCGAAUGUUGCAGGGUUUCUGGGUGGUAUAAAUUGGGCGAUUCUGGUUGCUCGGAUAUGCCAUUUGUACCCAACUGCACUGCCUAGUUUGUUGGUUUCUCGGUUUUUCAAGCUGUAUAGCCAAUGGCGGUGGCCUAAUCCUGUUUUGCUAUGUCCCAUUGAAGGAGGAUCUUUGGUGCUUCCGUCUUGGGAUCCUAGAAGAAAUUUCAGAGACAGGAACGAUUUAAUGCCCAUAAUCACACCGGUAUAUCCUUGCAUCAACUCCAGUUACAAUGUGUCUUCAAGUACACUGUGUAUUAUGCAGCAAGAAUUUCAGAGGGGAAACAAUAUUUGUGAGGCAAUGGAUGCAAGUGUGACUGGCUGGAAUACUCUUUUUGAGCGUUUUCUUUUCUUUGAAGCAUAUAAGAACUAUCUGCAGAUAGAUAUUACUGCUCGGAAGGAUGUUGAUUUAAUGAAUUGGCAAGGAUGGGUUGAAUCUCGGCUUCGUUUGCUGACUUCAAAGAUUGAGAAAGAUACAAGAGGGAUGCUACAGUGCCACCCACAUCCUGGUGAAUGUUUAGACAAAUCCAAACGAUUCCAUCGUUGUUAUUUUAUGGGCUUGCAGCGGAAACCAGGGGUUUGUGCUCAGGAAGGUGGACCGUUUGAUAUAAGGUUUACUGUUGAGGAAUUUAAGAACAUGGUGGGGAUGUACACCUUUAAAAAGCCUGGGAUGUGGAUUGGCGUAUGUCACAUAAAACGCAAUAAUAUUCCGCUGUUUGUCUUUCCUGGUGGAGUGAGGCCUGCUCGUCCGAAGAGAGCCAGGGAAAAUGGUGCUGCUGCUGAAGUUGAUGAAGCUGGUGAUGGAAAGAAGAGAAAAAUAGAUGAAUCUAUUACAUGCCAUAAGUUGAGAAAAUUUGAUUCUGUGGCAGGGACUAAGAAUACACCUUUGGCAGUGGAAGCUAAAUUAGAUGAUGGUUCAAUCACUGCAAGAUGUCCUAUUGAGGAUUGUUCGCAAAGUUGUUUAGGAAAUGAAGGGUCUUUCAAAUUUAGCCCACCAGUGGGAGCUUCAUCUUCUGUCAGUGGUUCAUCAAGCUCUACUGCAGAUGUGAUCCUUGUUUCUGAUAUUGUUCCUGCUCCAUCUGUGUGCCAGCAAGGUUCUUCCGAAGAACAUGACAGAUUUCAAGAUGAUGCACAAUCAAUGGGUGAAGCCCAAAAAAAUUUUGGUGAAGGAACAAGGGUCGAGAAUGAAGGGGUAGGGCAAGGAGUGGCUACAGGGAGAGAUUGCUCUAAUAUCUUCAGGAACGAUGGAGGGGUAGAGGAACUUGAGCACACUGCACCAUCCUCUAAUGUAGUACCUGCUUCAUACGGUGCCCAGAAGCCACUUAUCAAGUUUAAUUUUACUUCUUUGGUUAGAGCAAACUGCUAGUGCAAUACACUAAAAUUCACUUGUCUUGAAAGUAUUUUUCAAGGAAUGAAUUCUUUAUAGAGUGUCAGACCUCAUGCUCUUUUUUUAUCCCUCCAUUGAUGACAUCUGCAAAGAUGGGCUUUGUAUUUUUUCUUAUUUUUUGGAGGUGGCCUGGUUGCUAUAGUGGAAGUUUGCAGUUUACAACACAGGCUUCUUUCCUUUACAGACCUCUUGUAUUGAAAUUAAUUUUUAGUGAAUGAAUUCAGUUUUAGAGAUUCUGACU